CAACCCAGCGUACAAAACAAAAUAUCACUCUCAACAAACACUAUGAAUUCUGAUCACUCCACGAUGACUACAACCACGACUCCCGCCGGAAAAGACAAUCACGUCGCCGUCUCCGUCAACGUCAACAAUGCUUCUCCUCCACCACCAUCCUUCUCCGUCAAUCCACGGUUUGUUCCGUUUUACUUGUCGUUGUAUUCGGUGACUUUACUCUACUUGGUCGAACUAGCUCUCGUACGAAUGAAGUUCGACUACGAUAAAGUGUCCCCGUUGAAGACUCACACCGCGCUUAUGAUCAUGUCAAUCGUCAGUAUGUCUUCAUCUUUAGUUAUUGGGAUUGUGAUUCUUGCUUUGAAUUACUGGGUAAAAUCGAUCAAAGAUAUACAUUUCUUGGUUUUAGUAAGUAUCUGUUUCGUAUUUGAGUGUCUUGCAUCUUUCUCGCUUUUGAUGGUGUUUUGUUUUCCUCAAAACCUCAUCUGGAUCGGGUACUUAGCGUUAGGUGUAUUCCUUGCCAUCAUAGUUGCACUAGUGUCUGCUAUCCAUAUAAGCUUGUUUAAUAAUGAGAAGGAGUUGAGGAAUUCGUCAGCUUAUUCGCAGGAAAAGGUUUAUAUCAAUUACUCAGUUUUGUUUGCGCCUUUUCCUUCUGUAUUGAUGUUACACGCACCUGACAGCCUUAACUGGAUCAAGCUUUGGGUCAUAGGAGUAACCUGGGGAACUGUGGCUACAUAUAAUGGUGUAGUCUACUUGAAGUCGAUGUAUGAUGAGAAAUAUGCACCCAGUUUGAAAGCUUCUCUGAUUCAACAAGACAGUGGCAAAAGCAUCCCUUGAGAAGCUUACCUAAAAGGUUUAGGUUUAUAUUUUGGUAUUUGAGGUAUGUAGUAGUUUUGUACUGAAGAAAGUUGUAUCGAAUGUAUCCAUGGAUUUUAGUAGCUGUGAUCUAUAUUUCGGUUUUGUA